AUGACUCUUAGAGUACCCAUUGGUUCAGACAGAUUCAUCACCUUCGUCUCUGCAUAUGCUCCUACUUUAGCCAGUGAUGAAGACACAAAGAAUCAGUUCUACCACCAAGUGAACAGUACUCUCUCUAAAAUACCCAUUCAAGAUAAAUUAAUUUUACUUGGUGAUUUCAAUGCCAGAGUGGGAAGGGACAAUCGUUUUUGGAGAGAGGUCAUGGGUAAACAAGGGGUGGGAAACUGCAAUGCAAAUGGGUUGUUACUUCUUGAUCUAUGUGCUGAGCAAGAGCUUAUCAUCUCCAAUACCCAAUUCCGUUUGCGUAACCGCUAUAAGACCACCUGGAUGCACCCACGCUCCAAACAUUUGCAUCUUAUAGACUACGUCAUUACGCGACAGCGUGACAAGAAAGACAUUCUCAUCACAAAAGCAGCACUAAACACCGAUGAGUGCUGGACUGACCAUAGACUUUUAGUCAGCCGUUUGAGAGUACCAAAGCAUCGCAAGCCACGAUCCCACUUUUCAAACCCACCACGCAGAAAAUUCAACAUAAGCAACCUGAACAACAAAAACGUUCGCUCACACUUCCAACACAUACUGUCUGAACAACUUAACAAAGCUACAGCAACCACAGAUGACGUCGAACAAGAACGGACCACAUUAAAGAACAUCAUCAAAGAAACUGCUGAGAAUGUUGUUGGUAUUGGUGCACGUAAAAGAAGUGACUGGAUUGAUGACAACCAUGGAGAAAUCCAAGCCAUCAUCAAUGCAAAGCGGGAUGCUUACCUAUCCCUUGCUCAAGAUCCGUCCUGCGCAGAAAAGAAAGCACACUUUCAAGAACUCAAGCAGAAAUGUCAAAGUGAAAUACGAGUAAUCAAGAACAAAUGGUGGCAACAGAAAGCCACAGAACUCCAAAAUCUUUCCGAUGCAAGGAACCUGCGUGGCUUCUACGCUGGUAUUAAAGAGCUGUAUGGACCUAUCCGCUCCUUAUCAGGAACACUGAAAGCUGCUGACAACUCCUCCAUUCUUACUGAAAGUCAGGACAUCUUAAAUCGUUGGAAAGAGCACUUCAGCUCAUUGUUAAACUGCCCUUCUACUGCCGCUAGAGAUUUUCUCAAAAAUGUCCCACAGCACCCUCCAAAACCCUGGAUGGCUGAUCCUCCAACUUUUCAAGAAUUCUGCAAGGCAUUCAAGAGUGUGAAACCUGGGAAGGCUCCUGGACCUGACAGCAUUCCGAUGGAGCUUAUUGAGGGUGGCGGCUUGCCUCUAAAAAGUAGACUCUUCUCACUCAUUCUAUUAAUGUGGGAAACCGUCAAGGUAAAUGGAUUCGAGAAUGAUUGUUCAAGUACAAGAGUGUGA